AUGCUGAUCGCGACGUUUUGCCUUGCAGAGGCUCUCGUUGCAAAGCUCGAGGCCGAUCCCAAGGAGGCGCAGCAGUUCAUGGCUCAGCCGGCAGAGAACGAGCACGACGAGGGCCCCGCUCGGCCGUUCUGGGUGUUCGACGCGGAUGCACUUCGGACAAACGAGGCUUGGAACUGUGGCUUCGUGAUGGCUGCGGCGGGUAUCCUUUGCGCUGCUGGGGGCAUUGGUGGUGGAGGAAUAUAUGUGACAGUUCUGAUGGUCGCUGGAGGUUUGUCCGUUCGGGACGCUGUCCCGCUCUCCAAAGCCGUCGUUUUCAUUGGAUCCAUCUCCUCGCUCUUCCUGAACUUGAGGAAAGCUACCAGCAGCAGCGAUCCGCUGAUUGACUACAAUGUCUGCCGGCUGGUGGUACCUUCGGCUUUGAUUGGGACCUACCUGGGCGUCCUCUUGAACUCCCUGGUCCCCACCUGGGCGGUGCUGCUGGCACUGGUGGGCAUCUUGGUCGCCAUCUCCUACAUGAUCCUUCGGACGACCUGGCAACAGUACGCCGAAGAAGAACAUUUCGUCCAAACGGUGGAAGAGAAUCCUAAAGCUUCCCUGGCGCACGUAAAGACCGAAAGUGUGCCAGAAGUGAGCGUGAGCUGUGUGAGCCAGGUGCAGUCUGUCACGAGAACAGACGUCAUCCUCUCAGCUGCGAUGCUUUUCGUUGUGGUGACUGGAAGCGCUUUCCGGCACCAUGCGAUACAGUGCCAGAGGGCGUCGGAGACGGAUCAGGGCAAGGCCUGCCAUCAUCCGACUCUCUUCUGGCUGGAACCUGCUAUUCUGAUCUCUUGGAUGCAGACUCCUGUGAUCGCCACUUUCAUCAAGGUUUUCUUCUUCCUUGGCCCAAUGCUCUUUUGUGUCGCCGUGCUGGCUUGCGUGGCGCGAAGUCUGGCCGAUGAGCACUGGUCAUCUUCCUUGAUAGUGAAAUUCAGCGUGAUGAGUGCGACCACGGGCGGCCUAGCAGGUUUCGUCGGAAUCGGAGGAGGACUUAUCUUUUCGCCCUACUUCCUCCUGAUGGGACUCCAGCCUGCUGUGGCUGUGGCAACCUCUUCGACUUGUGUGAUCUUCACGGCAUCCUCGACAACCUUUCAGUAUCUUCUGACCGACCGCGUCAUCUUGUCUCUGAUGCUGCUUUACGGGACCAUCAACUUGGUGUCUUCAUUCCUGGGAACGUCCUUGGUCCACUACUUGCAGGAUCACCUCAGCACGCGCCGGUCUGCCAUCUCCGGCAUUGUGUCGUUGGGCGUGGUGAUCAGCACCGUCCUGGCCCUGAGGCAGCUCGCAAUCGAGGCGCUGUGA